AUGAUGUCACUAAACCUACUUUUCAUUUUCUUCGAGACCAGGCUCCACGACUCUGGAAAGAACAGAUCUUAUUCUGUCCAUAUCUAUCUAUCUAUCUAUCUAUCUAUCUGUCUGUCUGUCUGUCUGUCACAGUCUGUUCAUUUCUAUCUAUCUAUCUAUCUAUCUAUCUAUCUAUCUAUCUAUCUGUCUGUCUGUCUGCCUGUCUGUCUGUCACAUCGAUCUUGCUUUCUUUUUCUUUCUUCGUAUUGUUUUGAAUCUUUCUUUCUUCUUCGUUCAAAUUCUCUCGCUUUUUCUUCUUUUGUUCAACUCUUUCCUCUUUCCUUUACCGUAAUGUUCGAUCUUUCUUUCUUUCUUUCUUUCUUUCUUUCAUUUCUUUCUUUCUUUCUUUCUUUCUUUCUUUCUUUCCCGUCUGUUUUCCUUUAUCCAUUUUCUUCUUUCUUUCAUUCUUUUAUUUCUAUAUUCGUUCAUUUUGUUUUCACUUCUCCUCUCUUUCUUCCUCUUUCAGAUGCUUUCUUUCUUUCUUUCUUUCUUUCUUUCUUUCUUUCUUUCAUUUCUUUCUUUCUUUCUUUCCCGUCUGUUUUCCUUUAUCCAUUUUCUUCUUUCUUUCAUUCUUUUAUUUCUAUAUCCGUUCAUUUUGUUUUCACUUCUCCUCUCUUUCUUCCUCUUUCAGAUGCUUUCUUUCUUUCUUUCUUUCUUUCUUUCUUUCUUUCUUUCUUUCUUUCUUUCUUUCUUUCUUUCUUUUAG